GCAUCGUACUUCCAUGCAGGAAAUCUCAAUUGCAAUCUCAUAAUGACCUCUUUCCUCUCGACCGCUUGAAUUUCCCCCACUGCUACAAGGAAGGAGGGAGGGGGAGAGAAGCACGAGUCGCUUUUCCAAAACAGGUUUGAGGAAAAGGUGGUGAAGCAUUCAGGAAUGCGAGGAUUCAGAAACACGCCCUCGUCGAUUUCACGCAUGAGCCGCGAGUAUUGUGCUGUGGCCAGGCAGCGCUGCAGCCGAGUCUGACAGUCACUAGAGAGAGAGAGAGAGAGAGAGAGGGCAGCACAGCCAGAGAGCGGGGACACACACACACCAACACACAUCCUGCAGAGAUCUGCAAAACGGAGCCGCGACCAUUCUCUCUCCGGAUCGCCUUUUAGCAACGAGACUCGCCGCAGCAACUCGCACCAGUGAAACAAAAAAAUGUACGAAACAGAAAUGAAACUGAAGAUCAGAGUGAGACGGAUAAAAGAAGGCAGAGAAAUCCGAGGUGCGGAUAAAGCAUGGAGCGCUUAUUUCGGGGGAUUUUCCGCGUUUUCAUCCUGUUUCCCGGGCUUGUGUGAGGGAAAGCCCACCUCACUCCUGCCGAUGAGCAUCUCUCAGCCGUGCUUACCCGUCGCCAACAUCGGUCCCACGCGAAUCCUUCCUCAUCUCUACUUGGGGUCGCAGAAAGACGUACUGAACAAGGACCUCAUGGAACAGAAUGGAAUCACGUACGUUCUCAACGCCAGCAACUCGUGUCCCAAGCCGGACUUCAUCUCCGAGAGUCACUUCAUGCGCAUUCCAGUCAAUGACAACUACUGUGAGAAGCUUCUGCCCUGGUUGGACGAGUCUGUGGAUUUUAUAGACAAAGCGAAAGUCUCCAACUGCCGAGUGCUUGUUCACUGCUUGGCGGGAAUCUCGCGAUCCGCUACCGUUGCCAUUGCCUACAUUAUGAAGACCAUGGGGCUCGCCUCAGACGAUGCUUACAGGUUCAUCAAGGACCGGCGGCCAUCCAUCUCUCCCAAUUUCAACUUCAUGGGGCAGCUGCUGGAGUACGAGAAGAGCAUGCGGCUUCUGAAGAUCCGCGCCCUGGGUCCGCCGAAGGCGCUGGCGGACCGGCCGGAGGAGGAUGUGGACAGGGAGGCCAGAGACGGCAGCAGAGGCGGCAGGGAGAGGACGUGCCCCGAGCUGGUGGGGCAAGGCGGGCAGAAGGAGAGCGGCGAGGCGGAGGGAGGCGUGGGCUGGGGCGAGUGCAAGAACGCCUCGCACAUCGCCCUGCAGCAGAGCCUCAACGGCCUGCACCUCUCCACCGAGCGCAUCCAGGACACCAACCGCCUCAAGCGCUCCUUCUCCCUCGACAUCAAGUCUUCGUACUCGCCCAGCGCCACGCCCAGCCUGAGCAAGGCCGCCACCCCAAUGGAUUCUGACGACAUCCCCAAGCUGUGCAAGCUGGAGGUGAGUCUGGGCAGUCCCGGCCAGGAGCAGCACGUCCAGACUCCAGACAGCCCGCUGUCAGACGCCAGCUGCGAGUCCAAAGCCCGGCAGAGGCGCAAACCAAAGCACAAUGGCAGUCUGUCCGCCUCAUCCGGCUCCCCCGUACACCCCCUCAGCUUGAACUUAACCAGGACCUUCGUACCUUGCCCAGUGCACAAGGGUAACGGUGUGGAGGGGAACUUGAAGCAGGCUCUGCUGCUGAAUAUCCCCAGUGCCCAGCAGCAGCAGCACCAGCUGGGGACCAGCAGCAUCACCCGCUGGGGCAAGCACACGGAACUGGCGCAGCCGCCCGCCUCCGCCAACCCUCCCGUCAACGGCCCGUGGUACUUCGGCACGGAGGGGCAGCCCGGCCACAAGGGAGGAGGCACCAACCUCUUCACCGGCACCGCCCCCACCCCAUACCCGCCCUUUGGCUGCGCCGCGCCGCCGGCCGGCUGUGAGCAGUACGGCUCGGUGAGGCUGCGGGAGAAGCCGGGGGAGCCGAGGGACGCCAGGCGGAGCUGGCACGAGGAGGGCACCAUCGAGAAACAGUUCAAGAGGCGCAGCUGCCAGAUGGAGUUCGAGGACGGCAUGUCGGAGAGCAGGUCCCGGGAAGACCUGGGCAAAAUCGGCAAGCAGUCCAGCUUCUCGGGCAGCAUGGAAAUCAUCGAGGUGUCGUGACGGCAUUGGCAGGGCAGCUUCUACUGGGCGACACGGAGAAUCUGUGGUUAUUUAUGGUCUGACAGCAGACACCACUGCCGCUGCACUCUCUGUGUGUAAAAGCAGAGUGCAAGCGCAGGAGCCAUUUUCUCUCGCGAUGCAGAGAGUGGAUUGACACAUCACUUGAAAUUUGUCUUGAACGUUUUCAGAAAAGCUAAUUCAUUUCUCCACACACAUUCUGGCAAUGGUGAAAAAAAAAGAAGAAAAUGUGGGCAAACGGCCACCCGGUUUAAAGAUGUACAGUGCGGUAUUUAAGUACUUCAAGCAAUACUCAAGAGAAAAGAAAGUCUGGUUUUAUCUUAUUAAUUAUAUAUUUUGUGUUGAUGUUUCCACAUCGUACUGUGGUCUGCACAGGACUGCUACCUGAGAAGGCCAUUUAUUGCACUUUGUCCUGCCUUGUGUGUGACUGAGCCAGUUGAAAUGCAGACUGCAGCACUUAAGGCUGGAAAAGUACCUUCUAUGAGAUAAUCUGUAUGAACUGAUUGCGAAUGGAUGCAGACGUUAAUAUAAUGUAAAUAGUGGUGUAUCUAUUAUUAUGGCUGAUUUAAAUGUUAUUAAAUAGUUUAAAGAUAUCCUGGCUGCUUGAUGCAAAUACCUCAGGUUUGAAUAAACAGAAAAAUUAAAAAAGCUUUUUCUUUUA